AUGGCCGACGACUCGCAUGCCUUUGCUUUUGCGUUGCUUACGCGUGUGUUUGAGUCUUGGAUGGUGACAGAAUACUUUGCGCAAGGCCUCGAAAAGAGCCGCAUGAGACUUGAGUCCGUCUUUGGAAUCAUGUCCACACUAAAUAGCAUUGUUGCUAUUAUUUCAGGUAUCACGGGCGAAUGUCUGGUAAAAGCAACCAAGACAAAAGUCAGCCCAUUCCUGGUGGCUGUUCUAUGUUUGAGCUUCGCGUUUUGGUAUACGAUGAAAACCUGGGUCAGUGAUCCCGCGUGA